AUGCGGCCUGGAUCAGGUAAACCGAUUCGAAUACGAAGUUCGACAGUUCCAAACCACUCUGGUUCAGUCUCACCGCCAGCACCAGCACCAAAAGUCGCAUCGUGAGAAAGAGUUUGUAAAACAUUUAUAUUUCCACACUUCAUUCAGACGUGAUCCCGACAAAGCAAAGACGCUAUUUGCGAAAAAAAUACGAGAGAGGUACUCAAAGGAAGGAAGUAUUUCGCGAGAGGAAUUGGAACGAAAAGUAAGGAGUGGGCUGGCGCAUCUGUCGUGAAUUGUCAGAGCACAUUAAAUACGAAGAAGGAGGAUAUUCUGUGAAUUUCAGAUUGAACAACUUUGGAAAGGUCUCACAUCAACACAAAAAGAACAGUUUAUCAGGCUAAACAACGUCGGCGAUGCAAAACUUGGUAAUCAAAAAGAGAACAUUGCGGUAUUAUCUGAUCUGAGCUACAGGUUUUGAACAAGAUACUCUUGCAGAACGUUUCCAAGAAGCAGUUACCUGCACCAGCGAAUUCAACUGCACGACCACAAAAUGGCGUUAAGCCAAUAGUGCCAGUGCUAGAAAGAAGAAAUAGUAUGUUUGGAAGUGCAGAGCUUUGUGUUGAAGAGCUUUGUGCAUUUUUGGCAUACUUGCAAACGGGCCGAUUGCGGGCCGACUGAUAACUCGCUUCAAAAUUAAAGUUGUGCGUAGAACGACAUAUCAGAUUCCACUGCAAUCUAGUCAUUUCUGACUUUACCCGGACUGUAACAUGUUGCCAGGUUGCUUCAACUAUCUAAAUUACUGCUAUGGGUCAUAUUGGUCAUACAUGUUUAACAGAAAAUACAAUAAAACGAAGCUUGGAUAAACAUUUUUAACAUUUUUUUUAUUCUUCUUGGCAUUAAAUGCCAAUAACCAGAAUAUUUCAGAUUGUAAAGCUAUUGCCAAAGUUCUGGAUUUGCGAAGUGAUGGACCGAGCUUAUCUCACACUCCGUCAUAUGCCGAAACAAUGAAGGUCAGAAUGCGAGCUUAUACGAUGGAAGCAAGUCUGGCCGCGUGUCGCAGAGUGUAAGUUUUCUUAACUUGUAACAGAAAAGUCUUUAUUUCCUAAAAAUUUCGGUGGAUUCCUAAAGCAUACCUUGUUCAUAAACCGAAGCAUAACUUUUUGGAUGUUAUUAGCUCAUCUUUCAGGGGUAAUAUAGUUUCAAACCCCGUUGAGCACACCGAUAUGAGCUCCCUUCAAGAUAGCAUUCCACCUUUCGAGGAGUCCUGCGAAAAAGUGACAAGACAGAUCCCAGAAGAGGUUUAUUCGCCACCAGUUCCCGAGUCAUCCAUCCUACCGACUACAUCGCCAGAACCGAGAAUCGCGAAUAUUUCGAGCGCCAAUUCAGUUGCUCGUCGACCCCUUGUCAAAAAAAGUCGAAUAGUGAAAAGAUCUGUGCGCCAGUUUGUGCCGAAAAUCAGCUAUUCCGAAGCUUCUGGAAAAUAUUAUGAGAUUCUAUCACAGUCGUUGCUUCUGAAUCCAGGUGAACCUAAUUUAACCGUUUUACGAACAAAAAUUUUUUUAGUUAAUACAUCAACACUUCAAUUAUUCGCAGACAUCAUGGAAGGUUGCAGCGUCGUUCGAGUUUACUCGUUUGAAGACUGUCUCUAG